AUGUUUUUCUUUCUAUCUUAUGUUUUCCCCAUUGAGAGCCGCUUGACAAUCGAGACAAACUGCUGUCAAAUGUCUCACUGUUACCUUUUUGGGAUUCACUGUGCAUUCUUCUCUCUCGUAGACUUUAAAAAUUUCUCUUUUUUUUUUUUUUUUUUAUUUUACCCAUCUCACUGGUGUCUUCUUCGGGUUUCUCUUCUCUUUAUUUUCGUCUCUUCCUCCUCAAAACGUGCCCCUCCUCGACAAUGUAUUCUUCUUGCUUUUCUCGUGUCUCCUCCUAUUUUCUCCCACCUCCUUUUCGCGCCACUCUCUAUUUGCUUCCUCCUCUUUUUCGCUCCACUCUCUAUUUGCUCCCCACUCUUUCUCGCGCCACUCUCUAUUGCUCCCCCCUCUUUCAAGCGCCACUCUCUAUUUGCUCCCCCACUCUUUCAAAAGCCUCUCUAUUUGCUCCCCACUUUUCACGCGCCACUCUAUUUGUUCCCCACUCUUUCACGCGCCACUCUAUUUGCUCCCCACUCUUUCAAGCGCCACUCUCUAUUUGCUCCCCACUCUUUCACGCGCCACUCUCUUGUUGCCCCCACUCUUUCACGCGCCACUCUCUAUUUGCUCCCCACUCUUUCACGCGCCACUCUCUAUUUGCUCCCCACUCUUUCACGCGCAUAUCUCUAUUUGCUUCCUCCUCUUUUUCUCCACACUCUAUUUGCUCCCCCCACUCUUUCACGCGCCACUCUAUUUGCUCCCCAAUUUUCACGCGCCACUCUAUUUGCUCCCCACUCUUUCAAGCGCCACUUUCUCUAUUUGCUCCCCACUCUUUCACGCGCCAAUCUCUAUUUGCUCCCCACUCUUUCACGCGCCACUCUAUUUGCUCACCACUCUUUCACGCGCCACUCUCUAUUUGCUCCCCACUCUUUCACGCGCCAAUUCUAUUUGCUUCCUCCUCUUUUUCGCUCCACUCUCUAUUUGUUCCCCCCACUCUUUCACGCGCCUCUCUAUUUGCUCCCCACUCUUUCAAGCGCCACUCUCUAUUUGCUCCCCCCACUCUUUCACGCGCCAAUCUCUAUUUGCUUCCUCCUCUUUUCGCUCCACUCUAUUUGCUCCCCACUCUUUCACGCGCCACUCUCUAUUUGCUCCCCACUUUUUACGCGCCACUCUCUUUUGCUCCUCACUCUUUCACGCGCCACUCUCUAUUUGCUCCCCACUCUUUCACGCGCCACUCUCUAUUUGCUCCCCACUCUUUCACGCGCCACUCUCUAUUUGCUCCCCACUCUUUCAAGCGCCACUCUCUAUUUGCUCCCCACUCUUUCACGCGCCACUCUCUAUUUGCUCCCCACUCUUUCACGCGCCUCUCUAUUUGCUCCCCCACUCUUUCACGCGCCACUCUCCUUUGCUCCCCCUCUUUCACGCGCCACUCUCUAUUUGCUCCCCACUCUUUCACGCGCCACUCUCUAUUUGCUCCACACUCUUUCACGCGCCACUCUCUAUUUGCUCCACACUCUUUCACGCGCCACUCUCUAUUUGCCCCCCCUUUUCUCGCGCCACUCUCUGUUUGCUCCCCCUCUUUCUCGCGCUACUCUCUAUUUGCUCCCCCUCUUUCUCGCGCCACUCUCUAUUUGCUCCCCCUCUUUCAUUUAUUUUUUUUUUUACUUUAAUCAUCUCACUGGUGUCUCCUUCAAUUCUCUCGCCUCUCUUUCUCUUCGUCUCUUCCUUGCAUUCUCUUUCUCGUUCUCUUUCUCGUUUCUCCUCUUUUCUAAGAUUUCGUCCUCUUUGUCUUCCACUUUUUCUUAUCUUCUUUCUCUCUUUCGUAUCUCUAUUUUUAACUCUUUUCCUCACUUGCCUCUUUCUCUUCACCCAUAUCUCUCUCGUUUAGCCUCAUUUUCUCUCCCUUCUUCGUGUCUUUUUUCCUUCUCUUUCGUGUUUCAUUUUGCGCCAUUGUUUCAUGUUUCUUUCUCUUUUCCCUCUACUCUCGCUCUCCUUUGCACACUUUUCUCUCUGUUUCAUUCUAUUUGCCCCACCUCCCUAUCUCCCGACUCCUUCUACUCUUCCCUCUCUCUUUGUCUCUUUCCAUUUUUUCUCCCUCUCUCUAUAAUUCAUACCAUAAAAAAUCUGCAUGUUAUAUUUUUCUUCUCACUUGAUUUCUUCCCUCUUAUUAUUUUACUCCCCAUCUUCUUCACUCUCACUUCUGUCUCUGUCUCUCUCUUUUCCCCCUCUUUCAUUUUACCUUCCGACAUUUUAACCCCCCUUAUUAUUUGUCUCUAUUUUGAUUUUUUUUUUCAGUUUUUCUCUGUCAGUCUUUUUUUUCUUUUUUUUUUCUUUGUUGUUUUUUUUUUUAACUCAUCCUUCUCUGAGCGUUUAACUUUCUGUCAUUUCGGGCAUCCCUGCUUUUAUUGA